CCGCAACUCCAGAGACCCGCAAAAACGCCGUAAACAUAAACCAAAAACUUUAUUUAACUUUUUCGACCAGUUCCACAUUCUUUGAUCUCUGCUAAUCAUUUCCCGAAAAUUUCAGUCUAUUUGAACGAGAAAUGAGCGAAAUAUACGGUUUUUGAACUUUGACGGUAACAAGUGAAAAACUAGAUUUUCACCAAUAUGGUUUUGGUGAGGUUGUGGUUUAGUGGGGAAUGAAAUAAACAUCGCCACAAUGAUGAGCGUGGUCAAUUAUCUAUGAUCUACGUGUUUUUGAGACAGGCAGAUGUGUCCUCGGAAAACGUCGGUAUCUCCAGAACCGAAGGAGACGAAAGUCUGGACCUUGCGCACUUUUGAGGAGUGAUGUUCUGGUUAUCGACUAAUGUUAUUUGAGAUUGAAUUUCAUAGUGUGAUUUGGAAACGGUAAGCUUUCGGAUUUUGUCUCGAAUGGUACACUAUGGUAAACCUUAUCGAAAGUCCUGACUUUUUCAUAGACCGACGUGCCCCGGUGUCUGGUUUCUAAAACUGAAAACCGUAGGUCGCUAUCACCUUUCGUUCUCGAGUUAUUCGGCUCGCAAUCACUCGUCUUCUAUUUUGAAAUGGAUAGUAGUUAUAAAAGAAUUUUCUAAUAUUAAUAACUUUACUUUUGAUUUAGUUAUUACGUGUCAAAAGGAAAUAGUUUAAUAUCGGUUAUAUUAGGAUUAGAGUGGUCACAAGCAUGUGAUGUAGACAUUGCAAUACGUAUCAAUGGUUUACCGAACAACUACACAUUUGAUUAUAAAACAACUUGUUCAAGAAAUCAAUCGACUGUGUGUACAAUUAAUAUCGAACAAGUAGCAGCAUUCAAUUGGAUUUACAUUGAAGUAGCUAAAGAAUCUGGUUGUACAUCAUCUGUGUAUAGUCUGUUAGAUGUUCGUAUGACAGAUUGCUCAACGAUGAUGUCAAAUCAAAAUGGAUCAUGUAUCCGAUCAUAUCCUACCCGACGUAUUAUGUUCAACUAUUAUUAUGACUUUUUAUAUGUACCAUUGUACUUGGAACGUCCAAAUUUUACUCCGACAAGUAGUUCAAGUGCAAUAACAAUGAAUAAAAAUAAUUCAAUAUAUGCUGUGGAAUUUAUUGUCGAUGAACGAAAUAUUGGUGGCACAUUAAAUUUGGAUUUUGAUGUUCGAGCGAUGUCUUCAGUAUCGGUAAAAACGAAUGUGAGUGUAUACAUUUGUUUAUCAAAACAUUAUCCACAAACAAUGUAUAAUUGUGAACAGAAUUAUUUAAUUAAUAUACCAAAAAAUUCUUUAACUGUAAGAUCAAUACCGUAUCCUGAGAUAGCAUUAUGGUAUUUAACAAUUCAACAUGUUUGUAAUGAUUCGGAAAUUAUUUGCUCCAAUUCAUCAUUAAGUGUUGUAUUUCAAAUAACAUCAUCUCAGUGUACUAGUCAACAAUGUGGAAAAUAUGGUUUAUGUCGUAUAAUGACAAGUCAACAAAAUGUAUUUUCAACAUGUGUUUGCAUUGCUGGUUAUCGAGGUUAUGCUUGCACAGAUUCAUCAAAAGCAAGUGUAGCAAAAAGUUUUAAUGCUGUUUUAUUUUUAACAUUGAGCAAUUUAAUGUUCAUACCAGCCAUUAUAUUAGCUCUGAGUCGACGUCUCUUUAUCGAAGCAUUAUUCUAUUUUUUUAAUAUGUUCUUUUCAACGUUUUAUCAUGCUUGUGAUCAAGAUAUCUAUAAAUAUUGUAUAUUUAAAUAUGAUGGAUUGCAAUUAACAGAUUUCAUUGGUUCUUAUGCAUCAUUUGUUAUUACACUAAUUACUAUGGCCACUAUACCACGUACAAUUAAAGUAUUUUUAUUUAUAUUGGGUUUGCUAACUUGUGUUGCUAUCAAUGCACGUGAUCGUUUUGAUACGGUACAAUUUAUUUGUCUAGUAUCGAUCUCAUUCGCUUUUACAGUCUCUACAUGGAUUAUUGUUUCUGUAAUGCGACGUCGUCUUCAUCCCACACGCAAACGUUUAUUACUUGUUAUACCUGGCUUUUUGCUGGCUUUCGCUGGUGUUAUAUUAUUUGCUUUUGUUGAAACAGAUUCAAAUUAUUGGUAUAUACACAGUAUAUGGCACAUAUUAAUGGCAUCAUCAAUCAUGUUUUUCUUGCCACAAAAACAAUUGUAUAAAAAAGAAAAUGUCGAAUUAAGAACUAUGACAUCAUUGAACGCUAAAAAUCAAAACUCCAUAUCAUCAUUAAUAAAUGCUCCAGACUUAACAAAUAUAGUGAAUAAUCAGUCUCAAGCCCAGUCAGUUUUUGUAUUGGCACCACCUGUUCUCGAUAGUGCAUCUGUAUCAUCGUCUAUCACCGAUACAUCAAAGACAUCCACCGAUGACCUUAUUAAAAGACGUUGA